UUUUCGGCUGGAUUCGGUUAUCCCAAGACAGUUGCUUCGCUUGAAUUCGAAUACAGUCCCCAGAUACAUUCCACACAGUUCAGAUAAUAAAAUAUAAGUGAUUCGGAGCGAACUUUACCGAUGAUACAUGAAUAAUUAUCAUUAUGAAUGUAAUAAUUAAUAGAAGUGCCAUACUUAUCGUACUUGAGAAUAAAUUGUAGCUGUAAAUGCUGUGGUCUGCGUGUGAAGAUUCGAACUUGUGUCCUCCUACCUUCUUUGAAUCUGCUCAUUCUUCCUAAGUCAAAGAACAACCUGUUCCUUCAUAUCGUUGAUGAGUAUGACGUCAACCGGAGGAAUCCGCUCACAGAAGAAUCGGAAACGCAUAUCACCAUUAGGUAAUGACCCAAGCCUGCAUUUCAUUGUAUUUUUCGAGCACAACUUUUGCGCCGUGGCGAUGGUUUCAAUGGCCGUUGGUGAGGUUAAAUCUUCGGUUUGGUCUCUUGCUGAUUUGAAAGGCAAGACAAGAAUAACCAGGCAGGCACCCAGACCCAGUAGUUUGUAAGUUUGUAGUACGCUACAGUCGGUUUCGUCGGACGGGUCGUCGCUAAGAGACACGGUGUGUGCGUUUGGGGUUUCACCAUCAGAACAAUACAAAUAUUUCCCCUGAAGUAUAGUGAGAAUUAAAAUUAACGAACGACAGUGCCUUUUGAUUGUGUUAUGUGUUAGUUUAUUUUUGUUGAAGCUUCAUAAAUUAGGAUCAUACUUAGCUAUUAGAAAUACAUUAUAAUCUCUUUUUCUUCAUGCUUCUUUCGGAGAAAAUGAUCUCGAGCAGAACGCACGUCAACGCUUUUCAUGAGUUGUGACCAAUGGGCCAGCAAAAAACCCACCGUUAUUUAAAUGUUAGACCACCAGGACGUAAAAAGACGUUUCAUCACUGAAACCGUACAGAAAAUGAGCAAAAAAUAAUAACUACAGUUUAAUUUUAAGAUAGACCAUUGACCAAUCAAAAUGUACAACAAUCGAAAAUCUUUUAUUGUCAAAUCACUAAUUAUCUUGUGCCUCAUAUACUUUGCUGUCCACGUGAUAUACAGUAAUGGGAAUAUUAUUACCGAGCUGCAACUCUCUGGCAGAAGUUUAGCAAGUUUGGAUACACAAAACAUUGAGACAGCACCACUCAUACAAGAAGCUUCUGGUGUACAAAUUACAACCUCCAACUCAACGAAACUACAACCUUCAGACCCAGUGGUAGGAGAAGAAAAGCUGCCAGCUCCGCCGCCACCUGAACGACCAAAAACCGAACCGACAGUAUCCGAAAAAAUCAAGGAAAUUACGCAAUGCUUGGAUAAACCGUUUGUGCCAAAAACGCAACAACGUGGUGACUAUUGGGUGUUAUACAAUUAUAUUCGCGCUGAAAGGACGUUCAAGUGCGAGGAGACGGUGACUUACACCACUCACGCGGAUUAUUCCUUCAUGGACAAUUUAGUGCCAUUACUGGAACGAUGGAGGGCUCCUAUAAGUAUAGCCCUUCACGCUCCGGGGACUGAUUUUGCUUACACUUUGGAGUCUAUAGCUCAUUUGAGGGACUGUACUAGUUCUUUGGUGCGCGAAUUGGUUACGUUUCAUAUUUAUUUCAGUACUAAACAUGUUCCCAAAGAGGUUCCCAAACACAACGUGUUAGACGAACCCUACAAUUGCUCACUCACUCCACCCUACCUCAACGUCUCAUCUGAUCAGAUGUACAAGGCGCAGAAAAAACUACUCUAUCCCGUCAACGUGGGACGAAAUGUGGCACGAGAGAUGGCACAAACGCACUUCAUCCUACCAUCAGACAUCGAACUUUAUCCUAGUCCCAAUAUUAGUUCUAAGUUUUUGAACUUGAUCGCUACGAAUACGGGUCCUUUGCAGAGUAAGAACCCGAAAGUUUAUCCUUUGCAUCUUUUUGAAGUGAGUGCCAAUUCGCAGGUGCCAGUAACUAAGACGAUGUUGAAAGAUAUGUUAAGUAAUGGCACCGCAUUACCUUUCCACAAGAACUUAUGCCCAGGAUGCCAUAAUAUUCCGAAAGCUAAGGAAUGGCAAUUAGCUCCAGAAACAAAAGACCUUCACGUCUUCCACGUAGGAAAACGUAAUGGAAAAUUCAUCCACUGGGAGCCGAUAUUUAUCGGUACGCAUAGCGAUCCUUUGUAUGACGAACGGCUCAGUUGGGAAGGAAAAAGCGACAAAAUGACUCAAGGUUACGCCUUAUGCGUUUUAAACUACGAUUUCCUGAUUCUCGACAACGCUUUUCUUGUCCACAAGCCGGGCAUCAAAAUAUACAAGAAGGACUCGAAACGAGCAAUGCUCGCAGGAAAAACUAAUCAAUUGAUUAAGAAAAUUAUUUUCCCUGAACUUAAAGUGUUGUAUGGCGUAAGGAAAGGCUGUGCUGUGUAAAAAUAGUGAAGGAAGUAGCCCAUAUUGUCGUAUCUAGAACGAUAUGGCAUAUUCCUGCAGUUAAUUAAACUCAAACAGAUGCCCAUGUGUGAGGCAAUUAAUAAGUUUCAUGAACCCGAUGAGACUUUUGGUAAGAUGACUGGGUUUAAGGGCUAUUAUGCUUUAUUAUUCUAGAGACAACAAUAAUAUAGAGAUAUUUUAAGAGAAAUAUUUUUACUGAAAAAAAAGUGAAAUUCAUUUGAAGUAUUUCUGUUUAAUUUUUGUUGAAUAUAGAGGAUACAUGGUUUCAAAGUUUUCAUACAGUUGAAUUUCUCAUUAAAUUGUUUAAAAUAUUGGCCUUAUCCUUUAUUAAUUAUUUUGAAACAAAUCAUGUAUUCAAAACAAAGCCAUAAUUUCUUAAAGGGUAAUAGAGUGUAUAGGUACACAAUAUAGGUAUUUUUAAAAAAUGUGAUUAUUCUAAUAUAGUAGGAAUUUAUUAGUGCUAUGAUUAAGAUUAAAUUUAAUCCAUUACUAUUUUAAUAGUCUAGUGGAUUAAGAACCUAAGUGAUAUUGAAAAACCUUGUAGUAGGACUUGGAGUCUUGCAGAAUGUAUACCUAAAUAUAAGGGAAAAUAUUCUUUAUUAUGUAGAUAUUUGAAAAAAGUUUUGAUGCAGGGUAUGAAAUUCUAUUCAGAAAACUAUUAUCAAACAAUUUUUGCGAAAUAAAGUUUAAGAUCUACCUAUUGUAAAUAUAUUUAGAGAAAUAUCUCAUUAUGGCAAAGGUAGGUGAGUUGCUUUAGCAGUAGGAAGAUUCUCAGCAAAAUGGGAUCAUGUGCCAAUAGAGAGACUUGGAACCUGCGACCUAUUAUUCUAUAUUGAAGACAUUCGGCGUCGCUACUUUCGCUUUCGGCUGAUGAAUCCUCAUUACCUUCAUGACGGCUCUUCUAGGACUCCGACCUUCCAGGAAGUUUACAAAUUGCAUUUUCUUUUCUCAACCUUAUCAUUGAUAAUUACUAAUAAAUUCACUUCAAAAACUUUCUAAAGCAACUUUUUUACCAUUUGAAUAUAUUUUUAAUACAGUACUUAGUAGAUUUAGAUUUUAGCAUUCAAUUUAAAUAUUCCCAAUAGUCUAAGAGUAUUAUGUUUUUCACAAUUUAACAUUUAUCCAAACCUUAGCUUACCUCCCUAUAAUAAUAAUUCGAAUAUUAUAAGUACCUACUACUAAAUGAUAAUUAUAAAAGCUCAAUAAAAAUAAUCAAAAAAUUAAAACUAUUAUAACUACCUACUUAUUAAAGCACUUUUACAUACUAUUCAAAUCUCGAUGAUUCAAAUACUUAAUUAUUGUAUUGACUGUUGUGUUGAGCCUAUGUUCUCAUACUAUUGUAUUCCUAUUUUGUAUAUAGAAUAGACUGAUAGCAUACUUUGUAAUUAUUAUAUCUAUUCCUAUUAUAAAUGCGUAUAUGUUUUUACAGCAAAAAGACGGCUUCUAAAGCUUUAAUAAUUGUUAAAUUUAUCCCUGCUCUUGUAAAGAACAAAAACGUAUCUACCUACUUUAGCCUACAGAAAUUUGUAUUAAUGCUAUAACUAUAAAAUAGUCCAUAUUAUAUAUAUUGUUUAACUGACGUAUUAUUGUUGUAAGUACAUAGCAAAUGUUGCUCAUUUAAUUUAUUUUUCUAUAGAUUAGAUAGUUUUAUUAUGAUUAAGUUUAAAUAUUAUGGGCCUGUUUAAGAAUUCCAAAAAGAUAUUAAAUUGUGCUAUACCUACAUCAUUGUCUUUCUUCAAUUGGAUAAUAAUAUUUGCUUGUGUAAAUAUUCACACAAAACGGCUGAUAUUUUGUACUUAAUUUUAUUUACUAAAAUCAUAAAUAGUAUGUACUACAUAUUUUGAAUAUCGCUCGAUUCUUUUAAAAUUUUUUAUAAUGAAUUUGAAGUAAAUUCAAGAAAAAUUUUAACUUUGAAACAUUCAGAUACUUACCUACUACAAUGAAUUGUCUUAUGAUAGUGAUCUCUAUGAUGCCUUGGAUAUUUUCAAUUUUUUUGACUUUUGUAUUUAGGUAAUUUGAUAUUCAAAAGUUACACAAAUUUUCUUAUUAUUAUGUAGUUUAAUGUCCUAUUUUCUCUUUAAGUUGUAAAAUUUGAAGUUUAUUUGCUAAAAUUGGAUAUGCUUAUAAAAAUGUCUCAUUUAAAAGAACAAAUACCUAAUUAUUGUUAGUUUUCAUUAGCGUUUUGUGCCUUACAUAAAAUUAUAACCAAUAUUGCUAGAUUUGUGUAGCAUCAAAUAUUAUGUAUCUGUAUUGGAAUACACAUAAUUUUCUACCUAUUGAAAAAAAAUCUUUAUUCUAAAUUGAAAGAAAUAAAUAUUGUAAAAAGUGAGGAUAUCUACUUAUUAUUUUUCUCUUGUGUGAAAAUUAGGUACCUACCUAUUGGGACAUAUUAUUGCACAAGUUACAAUUUGACGACCAAAUACACCAACAUUGACCUUGUACUAGGUGUAAAUCGCACAUUUUUUGACCUUGGUACCAGGAAACGUUCGAAAACACGGAUGUAUUACUAACUUCAAAAUGGGUUAUACGAAAAGCAUUCUGCGGACCACUUUGUAGUACCAAAUGAAAACAGCAGAUAUCAGUUCUUG